AUGCAACCUAAAGUCAAACUUACACCACGUAAAAUUGGUAUUCAGGGCCCAUCCAUCAGGAAAAGAGGGUCCACAAAGCCACCAGAGUUCACUGAGGACGAAAAGGCUGAAUUGAAUCGACUCAUCACGAUGUUGCCGCCUCGAGCUGCGAAAGAACGGGAUCCUGCUCAACUCGUCCUCAACGCUGCUAACUACAUACAGCAAUUGGUGGCUACCGUAGAAGCUCGUGUCCACAACGGAACCCUUCCUGUUGAGGCUCUGGCAGUUUUGCCUCCCGGCUCGACAGUUUCUUCGUCUCGGUUUAUCAGGAAGAAGAGACGAUCUAUCGAAAAGCAACGCUGA